GAGAGAUGUUAUCGCUUUAUCCAGCAAUAUGCCAUGUCAACGCUGAGUUAGCUUGCAUUGUCUUGCUGCAAAUUUCUUGGCAAGUAACUGGACCUUUUUAGAAGCUGUUACAUGGGUGGAGUUGAUUUGGCAAAGCCUCCAGUAAAUGAACCGAGGGAACCGGAACAGUUUCUAAUGCAGGCGCCCCAGGGAAAUCCACUGCUGCUUUCCCACACCCUACAAGAGCUAUUGAGCAAGGAUAGUGUGCAGGUGGAGCUUAUACCUGAGAAGAAGGGCCUUUUUCUGAAACAUGUGGAAUAUGAGGUUUCCAGCAAGCGAUUCAGAUGCUCAGUGUACAGACGAUAUAAUGAUUUUGUGGUAUUCCACGAGAUGCUGCUUCAGAAGUUUCCAUAUCGUAUGGUACCAGCACUUCCGCCAAAGAGGAUGCUGGGAGCUGACCGAGAAUUCAUAGAAUCUAGAAGGAGGGCUCUGAAGCGUUUUAUAAACCUGGUGGCACGGCAUCCCCCUUUCUCAGAAGAUGUGCUCUUGAAGCUUUUUCUGUCCUUCAGUGGCUCAGAUGUGCAGAAUAAGCUAAGAGAGUUGGUCCAGGGAGUGGGAGAUGAAUUCAUGACUUGCCGACUCGCUACCCAAGCCAAGGACUUCCUUCCAGCUGACAUUCAGGCCCAGUUUGCUGCCAGCAGGGAGCUCAUCAGAAAUAUUCAUAAUAGCUUUUAUAAGCUUCGGGACCGUGCGGAGAGGAUAGCUUCUCGAGCCAUUGAUAAUGCCUCAGAUCUCCUCAUGUUUGGAAAGGAACUAAGUGCUUUGGGCUCAGACACUACGCCGCUUCCUUCCUGGGCUGCUUUGAACAAUAGCACAUGGGGGACUCUGAAGCAAGCCCUGAAGGGUCUAUCUGUUGAAUUUGCACUUCUGGCAGAUAAGGCUGUGCAGCAGGGUAAACAGGAAGAGAAUGAUGUGGUGGAGAAGCUGAACCUUUUCCUGGAUUUACUCCAGUCCUAUAAAGACCUGUGUGAAAGACAUGAGAAGGGGGUAUUGCACAAGCACCAGCGAGCCUUGCAUAAGUACAGCAUGAUGAAGAAGCAGAUGAUGAGUGCCACUGUGCAGAACAAGGAACCGGAAUCUGUGGAGCAGUUGGAGUCUCGGAUUGUGGAGCAAGAAAAUGCCAUCCUAACCAUGGAGCUGCGGAAUUACUUUUCUUUGUAUUGCCUGCAUCAGGAGACGCAGCUCAUCCACAUCUAUCUGCCUCUCACAUCUCACAUCUUGGGGGCCUUUGUCAACUCCCAGAUCCAGGGUCACAAAGAGAUGAGUAAAGUUUGGAAUGAGUUGAAGCCGAAAUUGAGCUGCCUCUUCGUGGGAUCUAGCAAUAUGCCAACUCCACCGUUGUCACCUCCAGAGGGAAACUUCUUCUCCAGUUAAUGCUCUGACCAUCUGGGAUGGAGCAAGAAGUGCAGUCAAGGGAGGGGUGGGGUCUCUACCUCCAGAUGUUAGAAUGAAUCCUCCAAACAGCUUUUCUUUUUUUAUACUGCUGCUUUGAGCUGCUCUCUCAUUUAGACAGAUUGGAUAUAGGGCAGAAUACACAGAUAUAAAGACAAUCUCUGAAUUUUGAAGUGCUUUGGGGCAGAUCUGAGUUCAUUGUCCUGCAGACAUUCAUCAUAGGGUCAGAAUGUGACCUGGUGUAGUGGAUGCUGCGGUUUUGUUGCUGAUGCCUCUGCAUCUUGUACAAACAGUCCUCCAAUAGUAUUUAUCUGCACAUAUGCUGACAAACAUCUAAGGUGCUGAGAUGAACAGGAUAUCUGAAGCUUUUGCUUAUAGAAGAGAUAUGCAUUGCCUUUUAAGUUUGGGAGGGCGUAUGUUAGAGGUAUAUGUGCGUAAGGAAAGCUGAAGGCUAUUCCCAGUCCCAUUGGUAGGCGUCUGGAUUUCUUACUGCCUGACCUUAGAGCAAAAUAUGUGAACAUGCUGGUUGGAUUCACUAACCCUGCUGGGUUGGAAUCAGAGCUGCUGUGAGGCAGCAAAUUCCCAUUGAGCCUAAGCAGACUAUAUGUCAAUGUGAUUCAUGUUGCGGUUUGCAGGGCAGCCUAGGGACUUGCUUAUAGCUUUCAGUUUGGGAACAAAAUGACUGGGUUCAGGAGCUCAGAGGAGUGUGCCUGGCGUAAAUGAGAAAAUAAUUGAUUGAAACACUCCUCAGUUGUAAGCCACCCAUAUUAUACAAGCAGUACAGCUACAGGUUAGCUUGCUUGUUUUCUUCUGGAGAUUCUGACAUCCAUCUGUUGAGUAGCAGUUUAGGACUGUUGAAGAGCUGCUAACCCAAAGGCUGGUAUUUCCUCUGGUAAAGAUGAGAUAUCACGUUACACCAGCAGGCUAGAACACAGUACUGAUAAAAUUCAUUAGCCAAAAAACCAGUGCUUAUCUUGAUGUUACUGUCAUUCUCUUUUCUGGCUCUGGAUAGUAUUGGAGUGUUUUUGUGAAGGAGAGAAGACAAUUGAAGAGGUAGUUCUUUAUCUCCCUCAGAAUAGCAUGGCCCUUGAUAAUGGGGUUUUCAAAAUGAUUUCAGAUUGGGAUAAAGGGACUAAACAUUCUCCGUGUCUCACGUUGUAUCACUGGUGACUUUCCUCCAUGAGGCAAAGGGCAGGGGGAGGAGAACUCGCAUAUCAUCUGUUAUCUUAGGAGAAAUUGUGCGUAUCCUCUUAGAGAAUCUGAUAAGUGAAGAAACUGCAAACGCAUGCAGCAAAACUCUGCAUGAACAGGGCUCCCCUGAACCUAACUUCUGUGGGACCAAAUGAGCUGCCAAAGGGGAAUUUGAGACUUGGCUUCUUAGCAUUUGUUUUGAGCGGGUAAAAAGGAAGCAUAUUAAUAAGCAUGAGUGCUCGCUAUCAAACUGGAACCGUUACAGUAUUUUCCCAUUGGGGAACUUCCCCAUUAGCAGGCCAUAUGUUUACAUCCUCCAAUCACAAAAGGCUUUUUCUUUUUUUUUCUUUUUCUUUUUUUUAAUUUAGAAAAAUCAGUGCAACAUAAAAAGCUUCUCAAUUCAGGUGGAAAUGAUGGGUUAGUUUCUUCAGCUAGGAGCAAGAUAAAAAGUUAUUUCCCAAGGUUCAUGAGCCAGGCAUAACCAUUUCAUAUAUAUACAUAUAUAUACAUAUUCAUCAUAUAUAUACAUGCACACAUCUACUUAUAUACAUAUAUAUGUAUAUAUAUAAAGGAAAAAUCUCAAAAUAUGGUAAAAUGCACUUAGUGUGGAUGGAUUUCUUAAGGAGUAUGGGGUGUCUUGUUUAAUGAACUUGUUCAGUAUGCAUUACUAAGAGCUGUUUAUAGCAAUUCAAAUGUUAACCCUUGUAUGAAUUUUUCCUCCUGGAUAUUGGCCUUGUCCAGGGAGACAGCUUAGCUGCAAAUGCCUGUGACAGAUUUGAUUCUCUCUCCUAAAGAUUUCCAAAAUGAUGCAGAAGUGAUUCUGUUCACUGGCCAGAGCAAACUGGAUGGAGAGGUAAAUGUACAGUAACAAGUAAGUACAAAUAAGAUAUCUCAAGAAUGGCACAGAACUUUUUUUUUUCUUCCUGCUUGACCUUGCAUUGGUUAGGAAGAAAGUUUGUGGUUAAAGCAUUACUAGCAUUUUACCAUAUUUUUAAAUGCUUCACUCCUAGAAUCCUUAGAAUGUGCUAGCUGGUUAUGGGCAGUGGCUUCCUUAAUCCUCCCUUAUUAAGCCUUCUUUGCCUGAUGUGUUGAAUAGAUAAAUUAGGAAAACACUGCAUGUUUUGGGGGAAGGUCUGAUAUCUUAUAUGAUGGAUCUUCUGUGUAUGUUGGCUGGCUGGUGUAGACAACUGGGGAUAUAUUCUGCAGGAGCACUUGCAAAGUAUUAGCCUGAAAGGAACAUUGCACUUUUCACCUUUAGAAGUAAGUUACAAUUUCAGACUUUAAAAAAAAAAAAAAAAAGUUGGACUUUGGACUAACUAACUCCUCUUUAUUGUUCUCCUUUAAAGCAAGAAUACUAUAGUCCAAAUGUGGAGACUAUCACAACAUAUAUAUAUAGGUAUACCUCAUGACAUAUAAAAAAACUGGAAUUGCGUUGAUUGGAGAAAACACCCGUUCCUCCGUUGUCAGCCAUUGCUUCUUUGAGGACUACAAAUUUUGUUUUGUUUUUACUCUGUUCACCUAGUAUUUUGAGAACAAAGGCCUACUAUUCUCAUAGCUGUUACAGCUAAUAGCACUUUCAGAGUUUAUUUCAUACUGGACUGUUAAGCUUCUGUGUCAUUUCUAAACACAUAUAUGUACUAUUUCAUACAAGCUUUAGUUUGCAAACCGUAUUUCUGGGAAACUCGUCAGUGUGCAAAUAGCAAUAUCGUGUUUACUUCAAUGUAUGAGGGAGUUCCUUGCUGUUUUUGUCCCAGUUUAGUUUAGGGAUCUGUCAGAUUUGCAGAGAGCAGCAUCAAGUACAGCUUCCUUGCUCUAGAGGAAUGCAGCAGGGGCUCAGUCAAGUUGACUUCAGUUCUCUGUCUACCUUAGUCGCAACGUAGGGGAAACGGAACUAGUUACCUUCAUGCUAUUGCUUUCUAAAGCAAAGAGCCUAGCAUAUAGCAAUAGUGAGAAAAAGACUUCUUGAAGUUAUUAGUUCCAGUAUUGGUAGCCGAAUAGAUUGCAAUAAACACUAAGCAAACCAGAAGACUAGCUGAAGAGCGUGUGCUGGGUACCCAUGAACUGAUGCUUCUCUUAAGACUUAGCGCCAAAGAGUUAACUGUGCCUUCUUGAAUGGAAGCUUUCUGUGUAUGUCUUGACCUCAUGGUGGCUUCCAGGUGUUCAAAACGGUAAUGACAGAAAUGUCCUCUAAGCUUUGUGUCAGUGUCUCUGUCUAAUCUGUCAUGGAGGUACCAGGUUAGUAAACAGCUGAGAGCCUGAAACUUCACCUGAAAAACGUCUUUCUUCCAAAAGGGCUACGUAUUUUCCUCACUCCUAAGGUUACCUCUGCUUCAAGCUGUUGAAGUGGUAACAUAGAGCCUUUCUGACCAAUAUGGAAGAGCUUCCUGAUGUUGAAAGGCUUUCCCCCCUAUUGCAUUUACAAUACAACCUUGAUCUUUAACUCAUCUCUCGCUUUUUUCCCCCCUCCUUCCAUGUUCCUUUUAAGUCCCUGAUGGUAACGUUUUUUAAACAGUGCCUUGCUGCAUUCCAGUGCUUUUACUCAUCAUCUUUGAUCGUGCAAGGGUGUUUAUUCCUGGAAUUUGUAAAAGACUAAUUUGCAAUCCUCAGUGUUGUGAUGUUUCCUAAAAGGCAAAGAUCACCACCUGGGUACAGAAUUUAUUUCAAACACAUCACUCUCCAAAACUGUAGCAGGAGCAAUAAAGAGUCACUACUCUUCCAAAUGGUUAGGGCUAAAACCAGUGCUGGUGAAAGCAUCUUCGUAAAAGGAUUGAACUGGUUGCAGAACAGGGGAUGGCAUUUGCUUUUUUCCUUCCUGAACUCCUGGAGGAAGAGAAAGUAAUUUGCUCUCUGACCAUGCAAUUCAUCAUUUCCACUAGG